AGGGACUCCGGAAACGCGCCGCUCGCGCGCUGCAGAUCCAGGAAGCGGAACGAAUGAAGUUCAUUUCUCACAGCUGGUGAUGGCGGAUGCUGUCGAAAUAGAGACCAUGAAGAAUUAUAACAUAGCGUUUGAGAGGAUAGACCCGAGCAUUAGCCGCUACCCCUACUGUAUUGUAUGGACGCCAAUCCCCGUGUUAUCAUGGCUCUUUCCUUUCAUCGGCCACAUGGGGAUUUGCACCUCCACUGGAGUGAUCCGUGAUUUUGCAGGUCCAUACUUUGUCUCAGAGGAUAACAUGGCAUUCGGAAGACCGACAAAGUACUGGAUGUUAGACGUCAGUAAAGUGUAUGCCAGUGGAUCUAACGCCUGGGACACAGCCGUUCACAACGCAUCAGAAGAGUACAAACAGAGAAUGCACAACCUUUGUUGUGACAACUGUCACUCGCAUGUGGCCAUGGCCCUGAACCUGAUGCACUACGACAACAGCACCUCGUGGAACAUGGUGAACCUCUGCCUGCUGUCUCUCAUUCAUGGCAAACACGUCAGUUGCGUAGGCUUCCUGAAGACCUGGCUUCCUUUCUGCAUCUUGACCAUUGUGAUCCUGGCUGUGACUCUGUCUCUAAACCUGCGAUGACCCAGCGUGGUCACACACAGACGAACGGGCUCGCCACCCAUCAGAGACCCGUCACUCCAGCUCCAGCAGGACUCCAGUGAACGUCCAGCUCUUCAGAGCAUCGAGGAGCUCAACAUCCAAAAUCAAACGCUAGACCUCUUCGUCGUAGGGUAGAGACAGCAAACACACCAUGGCUUCUACGUCUUGUGGUGAUGUACGAAACGCUAUUCUCAAAACCUGUCUUCCAAAAGGCAUGACUUUGGCGCGUCUCUUGAGGGUUAUGGUGCUCUUUUAUUGUUUGGUUAGACUUUGAUCUCCAAACUUAAACUGCUGUUUAGGAAAUAUAACACUAUAACUUGUAUACAAGUAUAUUUUAAAUAUAACUUGAAUAUGAAUUUCUAAUGAUGCUGUGUUCUUUCUGAGAACAUAGUUUAUUGCAGAAACAAUGCAUUGUAUAUUAAGAUACUCUGGAAGAUGGAUUUCCUUUUAAAAUUCUUACUAUCAAUACGAAAGCUUAUUUAAAUUAACACUUUAUUUUAGAUGUACCCUUUUAGUCAUUUUACUGGCAACAUAAGCAGCUUUAAAUAUUGUAGCUUGGCAUGUUUAAAGUGUAAUUGUUUUUAUUCAAAAAUCGAAUUACUAAUGGAGAUUAGCAUUCAAAAAUGGCUAGUUAAUCAAUAAGCAAAUCUUGUUCGCAUUACGUAUUGAAAAGCAUUCUUUGGCCAGUUGUUAUUGCAUUAAUUUACUAUUAUUAUAUUGCAUUAUAAACCAUUAUGAAAUUGCCUUCUCAAGUUGAAUGUGAUGCAUUUAAAAGUGUAAAAUGUAGCUAUUGGACUUGAUUUUAUCCAUUGGGAAUUGAUUGAAUUAGGAAAGAAAGCAUGCAUUCCAUCGCAGAACAGACUAGACAUGAACACGAAGGCCUUGGUGAAGUUUGUGUGACAGUUGUUUCAGUUCUUUUAAGGAAAGAUUAUGAAGACAGACAUUUAGUUCUCUAACAUGCACUAAUAAAUCCUGCACAGUAAGACCAGGAAUGAAGGAAAGUAAACGAUGCCUUUAAUACGUCUUUGUUGUCCUGAGGAACACUUGAUUCACAUUGCAGGGGUUUUGGAUGUUCUGUUUGAAAGCUUUACUCUUUCAAUCUCGAACUAUUAAAUGAUAUAUUUAAUG